UCUCUUUCUCUGUUAUAAAUCAGAUCAGCCAGUUCCGUUUGGUUCUUUUCCGACUCACAGAAGCAUGGCUGGUUUUCUGGUUUUGCUUCCCGCAUUCUUCACGGCCGCUAUCGCUCUGUCGGGAACAACACCUCCGGUGUCUCGAGUGGGCUCUGCAACUAUUUGCGGAGAUCAGAACAAUGACAUUAUCUGCGAAUUGCAGCAGAUGAAGCUCAAGAUCGCGCAUAUGGAGUCUGUGCUGGAGGAAAGUGUUGAAAACUUGAAUGCUAAGAGCCUUCAUCUUAAAGAACAAGAGAAGCUAAUUGAAGAGAUGAAACAUAAGAUCCAUUCUCUACAAACUGCCCUUAUCAGCAUGAAGGGAGAUUCAUCAUUUGCUGAGGAAAAGAUUAAUGCUCUAGAAGAAAAGGUGCAACUUCUCUGGGAUGCAUCAAGAAAGAACAACUUUAAUAUGCAUAUUUUGGAGACUAAAGCACGAGAUGCUGAGAAAAGAUUAGAAGUGGUCAGCUCACAAGUUGAAAAGAUGACAGACAUUGUUACAGAACAGUGGAUCCAGAUCCAGCAACUUGAGCAGGCACUUCUAAUUGCAACAAGGAAUUUAAAGGCUCAAAAAGCAAACUACAGAUGCACAUUCUUGAAGCUCUUCAACAACUUCUGUGUACAUCUUCAAAAAACAUUUCAGGUGCUGGGUCAAUAUUCAUUUGUUCGGGAGUCCUUUUUGAGUUCCUACACAUCACAGGCUUUGCAUCAGUUAAAAAAAACCAUUUCAGCAGCUAAAAUAUAUCAUCAUGAGCUGCAAGGCUUUGUGAAACAAGAGAUGGAAAGGAAUGAAUUCACAGCAGUUCUUGCGAACAAGGAGGUUAUAUUUUUCGUGGCUUCUGCUCUAAUUAUUUUCCCUAUAAUGGGUGCUUGGACCUGGCUAUCAUCAUGUUUCAGUUGAGCAGGGCUCCUACCUGUCCUGGUAAUUCCCAAUCCUUUGAGUAAGAGGGCAUGUCAUUUGAAAUUGCGGGUUGGAACAUCCGUUCAAUUGCAGGAAAACCAAUACCAGCCAAAUCUAGCUGAAUUCAACUGUCAGGUUGGUAAAUCAAUUCAAAUUUUUGUGCAGUAUUUUCAUGGGAUUUUUCCUCUUUUUUUUUUUGGAAGGGGGUUGUAAAUUCUGGAUAUUUAGCAAUUGCAUGAAACAUUCUUCAAUCUGGCAAUUGUGUGACCUCGACAGUUGCAAUUAACUUAAGACAAUUGGUCUAAAACCCACAUCAGCUACUGGUUGAGGCAAUUAAACUGGGACUGUCCCUGGCAA